AUGGGUCUCUCAGAACUGGAUCUUGAAGCCAUCACGCUUUAUGAGCGAGGCAUGGAGAAAGAGCAGCUAGGACUCGUUUCAGACGCCGUGAGUUUCUAUAAAGCUGCUGAGCAAAUCAACCAGCACGUGGAGAAGUUAUAUCGACAAGAAAGAGUACCUGAAGCAAUUCAACAGCUCAAGGAUAAGCAUGGGAAGAACGUGGCCCAUAAAGUCGAUGAGGCAGCUGUGAGAAAGAUAGAUGUGGAGAAGUUGCUUGCUCUGUGGGAACAUGCGGAAGCUCAUGCGCCCAAGGUGGAUGACCCAGAUACUUGGAAUGAUGGAGAUAUAGUGGUGAAGAUUGGCAAGUUAGCCGUCAAUGGGCCCUCAGAAGAAGUGGCGCCUCUUAUACACUUGCCUGGAGAAGUGUGGGUGCACGUUCUAUCACAUUUGAUAGAUACUGACCCAGAGCUGUGGUUUCACUUUGGCAUGACUUGCAAGAGGCACGCGUAUUUUGCGUUUGGCUCCUCUACAUUGUGGAAAAAGCUAUGUUACCUAAUAUAUCCGCACCAGAUAUAUGAAGACAGAACACUCAACGACCCCAAGAUACUAUAUACUCGGUGUGGCUCGUCAUGGAAGAAGGUUCUUCGACAAACGCCAUACGUGAUGUUUUCGGGGUGCUACAUAAGCGUGGUGAACAGAUAUACGUCAGGUGGAAGAAGUGAAUUCUCUCUGAGCUGGUCGAAUCCGGUGAAAACGAGCACUUACUACCGAUAUCUUCGAUUCUAUCCUGAUGGAUUGUGUCUCAUGGCAUUAACUGCUUUGGAUCCAACUGUAGUGGUCCACCAGUUGCUGAGAAAAAACACAAACAAAUGUAUUAUGGAGAACAAGGAAGUUUCUAUUCAUUUUGAUCCAGCGACUCACCCGCAUAAGAUAUACAUUGGGGCGUGGAAGAUCAGUGCAGACGGCGAGCUACAAAUACGUUUAUACGAAGGGUCAGUGUCGUACAACACGUUUUACUACUACUUCAAGAUCAAAAACCUUGGGAGCAGGCCAAAUAGCAAGCUAUCAUGGGUGCGAUUAUUCGCCGUUGAGAAGGAUCUGAAUGGGAACGAUUCUCCUACCGGAGAAGAGGUUGAUUUUUCUUGGGAAAAUGAAAAACCGUUUAGAUUUUCUCGCGUGAAGUCGUACACUAACGAACUUUAA